AUUUGAAGACAGAACAAAAAAAAUGAGGGCCCUAAUACAGCUGGCUUACUUCAUCUGUUUUAGCAUCUUUCUUGAGACGUGUCUCUGCAAAGUGAAACAUGACCAGGUUUUGGCUAUCACUGUAUCCUCACAGGAACAUGUGGAAAAAGUGCAGAACCUUACAAGUCACAACGAGACUGCUUUGUGGCAACCUGCUUCACCCAAUUACAUUACAACAAACUCUGAAGUUCACCUUUACAUUCAGUCAACAAGUGUGCAGUUUGUCAAAGAACACCUUCGUGAACAUGCCAUUACAUUUAGAGUUCUUGUGGAAAACACAGCAGCACUUGUUGCGAUGCAGAUCAGAAAUGAUACAUCAGAUCCCCGAAGCGGAGGCGUCUUCUAUGAGAGAUAUCAUUCCUUAGAAGAUAUCUACUACUGGAUAAAUAAGACCAGCCGAGAACAUUCAGACAUGGUGAAGGUCAUUCUUAUUGGAUCAUCUUCUGAGAAACGGCCACUCUAUGUUCUGAAGCUGUCAGGCAAGAGGGAAGAAGAGGUGAACAGAGCCAUGUGGAUGGACUGUGGUAUUCAUGCACGGGAGUGGAUCGCUCCAGCCUUUUGCAUGUGGUUUGUCAAUUAUGCACUAGCAUUUUACAACCAGAACACUGAAAUCACAGAGAUGCUUAAUAAAAUGGACAUUUACAUCUUGACAGUCAUGAACCCAGAUGGAUACAAGUACACUUGGACAACAGAUCGUAUGUGGAGGAAAAAUCGUUCUGAAAACAAAGACAGCUAUUGUGCUGGAGUUGAUUUGAACAGAAAUUUUGAUGCAAACUGGUGCACUAAAGGAGCCUCCGAUGAUCCAUGUGAUCCCACUUAUUGCGGUCAGUUUCCAGAGUCUGAACCAGAGACCCAAGCUGUGGCAAAGUUCCUGCGCUCCCAUAAGGACACAGUCAAGCUGUACCUCUCCAUUCACUCCUAUUCUCAGAUGCUCUUGUUUCCUUACUCCUGUUCCUAUAAUGAGAUUCCAAACCACAAUGAACUGUUUGAACUUGUUAAAGAGGCCUCAACAAAAAUACGCAGAUACUACAGGAAUAACUAUAAAUAUGGAUCCGGUGCAAAAACCAUUUAUUUAGCUCCAGGAGGCUCUGAUGAUUGGGCAUAUGAUCUAGGAAUAAAAUAUUCCUUCACUUUUGAGCUUCAAGACCGUGGUCAAUAUGGUUUUCUUCUCCCGCCCAGCUUUAUCCCACAGGCUUGUAAUGAGGCUCUUCUGGCUGCAAAGGUCAUAGCUUUACAUGUGAUCAACAAAACCCAAUGA